AUGACCUUGUUCUCUGCCGGCCUGCUUCGAUCUUCUUCUAGGUCGCUGGCUAGCAUCCAAUCCUGGCGUGCUAGGCCUGGCCUGAAUCCUAAUCUUAAGAUUACCCACCUGUCCAGCUCGACGAGUGGGACGUGUGCGGCGACUAUAUCUACUCGCGCCAACCCCGCCGCCUCGCGGUCUGCCCCUCGAUCAACAGUUCCAAUUCCCCCUUGUCGUGCUUCUGUCAGAUCCUUCUCUACCACCACCAUCACCAUGUCUUCCACCGACACCCUGAUCGAGCUGGCCAAGGCCCGCCGCACCUACUACAAGCUGGGCAAGAACAGCCCCGUGCCGGACGCGAAGAUCGAGGAGCUCGUGACCAAUGCCAUCAAGCACAUGCCCAGCUCCUUCAACACGCAGUCGACGCGGCUGGUCGUGCUGCUGAACGAGAAGCACGACAAGCUGUGGGACAUUGCCAUCGCCGCGCUGGGGAACCUGGUCAAGACGGGCGCCAUUCCGGAGGAGCUGUGGAAGAACCAGACCCUGCCGAAGCUGGAGGGUUUCAAGGCGGCAUACGGCACAAUCCUCUUCUACGAAGACCCCGCGCACAUCGCCCCCUACUCGGAGAAGUUCGCCAUGCUCAAGGAUCACUUUGGCCCGUGGGCGGAGCACUCCAAUGCUAUGCACCAGUGGUUCCGUGUUGGUGCCUGA